UCACCGUAUAGUCUGUUUACAUGCAUAACUUUCUCGGACUUUCUAGGCCGUGUUUUAUGCCACUUCUUUUUCUGUCUCAUUUUGUCCACCACACUUUUAACGUGCGUGAAUACACAAAGGCCAGUAUCAAUAUUGACAGAGGGGGAAUGUCUUGUGGUUCAGGUCUGCAGCCUCCAACAGUUAACAGUUCCUGCUUUGUGUUUGGACACCCUGCAACUUCUCAAUAGGACGGAUUGUUUCACUCCCGGCAAUGCUGCUUAGGGGUUAUCUCUCGUAUGCGACUAUUCUACUAAUAAGUUAUGUCCUGUUCGGUUGUGCAUCAGAACGCGACAGGAGAAAAGGUGAAAUAAAUCAUAGUCCUGCCAAAAACGCUGACAGCGCCAUUAAGGGGAUGAGAAAUGCGGCGAAAGCAGACGACAGGAGGAGAUCCGACGCUGCCACCCGAAGGAAGGAGGUCAAAAAGGCGGAAAGUAAGAGACGGCGGAGCGACGUGGGCUGCGUUAGCCUGGGAGGUAUCUGCCAGACGGACCGAUUCAUCUGCCAAGGUCGAUACCUGAGAGACAAGUGUUCAGGGCCUGCGACGAGGCUGUGUUGUGUGCCAGAUGGAGCGUGGAGUGUCCUAUGUGCCGGUCACUACAACAACAGAGUGAGAGGCUGCGAUCUGCACGGCUGUGGAGCGUUUAACUCCAGGGGAAAUCAUGACCUCCAACGGGCUGUGGACUUGGUGUGUUCUGACUACGGUACUGUAAACGCUCCGUUCUCUGGUUCUCUGGCUGGUCCAGUGAGUCAGAAAGACCCAGCUGGGUUCCAGCACGAUGGGGUCAAACUUGUCAAUGACGUGCACUGUGUGAAGAUCUUUAACAUCCGGCCGUUCCGUUAUAUCGGAGCAGUGGCUCAAGGGGACACACUGGGUUACGUGUUGCCCCUGCAAGAACGCUUCUCUGGCAUCACCUCUCACCUCAAACUGCGGAUGUGUGACGGCACCGACCCUUCACCUUUCAUCUGAGGGACCUUUUCACAUCUGCAUCCAUCAUUUAUGAUGACUUUGGAUACAUGAUCCAUGUAUCAAAUGUAUGAGAUAUAUCAGAUACCCUUGCAAUGUCAUAAAGAAAUAUAAAACAUUUGUAUUAAUUGUUCAAGAAACGUAUUUUUAUUAUUGAACAAUAUUGCGGAAUGUUUUGCCUAUAAAUGUUAGAUAACGGCAGCUCCAUCAGUAUUUGCAUUUUAUUGUGAUAAGACUCCCUUCAUUCCUAUUGCAUUCAUAUUCAACUUCAUUGUAUUGUUAUUUCUAA